AUGGCUGCUUUACAAACUCAAUUAGAGUCAGAGCAAGAGCAGCAAAAGAAAACAGUCAACGCUUUCGAAAACAGCCCGAUUCGAGAAGCCGCCAGUGCACCUCGGCCAGCUCCAUUUCAUGGAUAUGACUCUGAAGAUGUAAACCGAUGGCUAGAGAUAAUAGAAUAUUACCUCAAAUUGCGAUGUAUAGACACUGGUAGUCCCACAGACUUGGCUGAGUUGGUCAUGAAUCUCUUGGACCUGCAGAAGGUUCUAUGACCUAUAACCGAAAGGCGACGUUUGGCCAGUUACGAGACUCCCUGAAUGAGCGAUUUUUCAAUGACAAACAGAGCUGGAUAACCUGGCAAGCUGUAACUUCCAGGAAGCAGGGAGAACUAGAACUGGACACUUAUGUAACGGAGCAGACCAAUAACUUCCGACGACUAAAUAUCACCGAUGCAGAGAAAAUUAACUACAUUCCGCGAAGCAAAACGGCAGUUGACUCGUCUGUAGACAACGAGUAA